CCCACGCACCGAGUCACGUGACCGCGGAGCUGGCUGAGUCAGCCGGCUCGUUACGCUGCGUCAGUCUGGAGCGGAACAAUUAUGAAAAAGCAACCUUCCGUUGGAGCUGCAGGCGAAGCGGAUCCCUCCAACAUUCAACUGGCUUUCCUUCCAAGGCUAACCGAGAGCACCGCCGAUAGAUGGAUAGAAGCCACGACGCAGCUCUUCCUGAGUCUCAACGGUGAAGAGAAUGUCCCAGAAACCCUGGAUAGAAAGCACUUUCACCAAGAGGGAAUGUGUGUACAUACUUCCAGCGUCAAAGGACCCCCACAGAUGCCUUCCAGGAUGCCAGAUAUGUCAGCAGCUUGUCCGGUGCUGCUGUGGCCGGCUGGUGCGGCAGCAUGCCGGCUUCACAGCCAGCUUGGCCACAAAGUACUCGGAUGUGAAGUUGGGUAAAAAUUCCAGCCUGCCCAAUCCGGAGGAGUGGUCUGUGGAAAAACACACAGAAGCSAGCCCAACUGAUGCCUAUGGUGUCAUCAACUUCCAGGGAGGGUCUCACUCWUACAAGGCCAAGUAUGUGCGUUUGUCCUACGACACUCGGCCCGAGAGCAUCCUGCGGCUGAUGCUYAAGGAGUGGCACAUGGAGCUUCCCAAGAUCCUCAUCUCUGUCCAUGGAGGAGUUCAAAACUUUGAGCUGCACCCACGCAUCAAGCAGGUGGUGGGCAAGGGCCUCAUAAAAGCUGCAGUCACCACGGGGGCCUGGAUUCUCACCGGAGGGGUCAAUACAGGUGUGGCGAAGCACGUAGGAGACGCACUCAAGGAACACUGUUCAAGGUCAUCAAAGAAAAUAUACACUAUUGGCAUCGCUCCGUGGGGAGUCAUCGAAAACAGGAACGAUCUCAUCGGCAGAGACAUCACCGCCCCCUACCAGACUCUGCUGAAUCCCCUCAGCAAACUAAACGUCCUCAACAACCUGCACUCUCACUUCCUCCUGGUGGACGACGGGACGGUGGGCAAGUAUGGAGCCGAGGUGAAACUGCGGCGAGACCUGGAAAAACACAUCAACCUGCAGAGAAUACACGCACGAAUUGGUCAGGGUGUUCCUGUUGUGGCGCUGAUCUUUGAGGGCGGUCCCAACGUGAUCCUGACUGUCCUGGAGUACCUUCAGGAGAGCCCUCCUGUCCCGGUGGUGGUGUGCGAGGGGACCGGCCGUGCUGCUGACAUACUGGCCUACGUCCACAAGCAGACAGAGGAAGGGGGAGGUCUUCCUGAUGGAGUGGAGACGGARAUCAUUGCAACCAUCAAGAAAACGUUCAACUUCAGUCAGAGCGAUGCCAUCCAUCUCUUUCAGACUCUGAUGGAGUGCAUGAAGAGCAAAGAACUGAUCACCGUGUUUCACAUCAGCUCAGAGGAGCACCAGGACAUCGACGUAGCCAUUCUGCGAGCCUUACUUCAAGGAACAAAUGCAUCUGCCUUCGAUCAGCUGGUCCUGACUUUGGCCUGGGACCGUGUAGACAUAGCCAAGAACCACGUGUUUGUGUAUGGGCAGCAGCUUCUGGUGAGCUCUCUGGAGCAAGCCAUGCUGGACGCUCUGGUGAUGGACAGGGUAGACUUUGUGAAGCUGCUCAUAGAAAAUGGCGUCAGCAUGCACCGUUUUCUGACAAUCAGUCGUCUGGAGGAGCUGUACAACACGAAACAUCCUCCCAACAACCCAACUCUCCUCCACCUGGUUAGAGACGUUAAACAGAGUAAUCUUCCUCCAAACUAUAAAAUCACUCUGAUCGAUGUAGGUCUGGUCAUUGAGUACCUGAUGGGCGGGACCUACAGGUGCAACUACACAAGGAAACGCUUCAGAAUAAUUUACAACAAUCUCCACGGCAUCAACAGGAGGUCUGGGCGCCACACYGCAGGUCCUGAUUUUCAUUUGAGGAAAAAUCACGAUACUUUUAGCAUGCAGGCUGAUAAGAAGGAGAAGACGAGACACAAUCACUUCAUCAAGACUGCCCAGCCAUACAAACCCAAGUUGGAGACUGCUGCUGAUCAGAACAAGAAGAGAAGCAAAGAGGAGAUUGUGGAUAUCGAUGACCCAGAGACCCGCCGCUUCCCCUAUCCUUUCAACGAGCUCUUGGUGUGGUCGGUGCUGAUGAAGAGGCAGAAGAUGUCUCUGUUUUUUUGGCAGCACGGAGAGGAGAACAUGGCAAAGGCGCUGGUGGCGUGUAAACUCUGCCGCUCUAUGAGCUACGAGGCCAAGAAGAGCGAUGUGGUGGACGACACCUCAGAGGAGCUCAAAGAGCACUCAAAUGAGUUUGGAACAUUAGCAGUGGAUCUACUGGAGCAGUCCUUCAGGCAGGAUGAAACCAUGGCCAUGAAGCUCCUCACCUACGAGCUGAAGAACUGGAGCAACUCCACCUGUUUGAAGCUGGCCGUCUCCUCUCACCUGCGGCCCUUUGUUGCUCACACCUGCACCCAGAUGCUGRUGUCGGACAUGUGGAUGGGACGGCUGAACAUGCGCAAGAACUCCUGGUACAAGGUGAUUCUGAGUAUCUUGGUGCUUCCUGCCAUCCUGCUUUUGGAGUACAAAUCUAAAGCGGAGAUGGCUCAUAUCCCUCAGAGUCAAGAUGAUCACCAGAUGACCAUGGAGGACAGCGAGCACAACUUUCAGAACAUAACAGAAGACAUCCAGAUGGAUGUCUUCAAAGAGUCCCGACCCCAUGAGCACAUGGAGGUGAAACAUGACAUGGAGACACARGUCCGCUCCCGAAAGCUGCCCCUAACAAGAAAAAUCCACGCCUUCUACCACGCUCCCAUUGUCAAGUUUUGGUUCAACACGCUCUUCUACCUGGGCUUCCUGAUGUUGUACACUUAUGUAGUCCUGGUGAAACUGCCMGUUUGGCCUUCUCCUCAGGAGUGGGUGGUCAUCCUCUAUAUCUUCACCUCUGCCAUCGAGAAAAUCAGAGAGAUGUUUAUGUCUGAAGCAGGUAAAAUAGGCCAGAAAAUAAAGGUGUGGUUCAGCGACUAUUUUAACGUCUGCGACUUUCUGGCUAUCGUGACGUUCUUUAUCGGCUUCGGCUUGAGGCUGGGUCAAGGUGUCUUCUUCAUCCCGGGGAGGACAAUUUACUGUCUCAACAUCAUCUUCUGGUACGUUCGCCUCUUGGACAUACUGGCUGUGAACCAGCAAGCUGGACCRUAUGUCAUGAUGAUCGCUAAAAUGGUGGCCAACAUGUUUUAUAUCGUGGUGAUCAUGACUGUUGUCCUGCUGAGCUACGGGGUACCAAGGAAAGCCAUCCUUUACCCAAACGAGGAGCCCAGCUGGACUUUAGCCAAAGAUGUGGUUUUUCAACCAUACUGGAUGAUGUACGGGGAAGUGUAUGCCUAUGAAAUAGACGUUUGUGCCAAUAACACUGAAGGGGAAGCAAAGUCCCUGUGUGGUCCAGGAGUGUGGCUCACUCCUUUCCUACAAGCCGUCUACCUCUUUGUACAGUACAUACUGAUGGUCAACCUGCUUAUUGCCUUCUUUAACAAUGUGUAUAUACAAGUAAAGUCCAUCUCUAAUCUGGUGUGGAAGUACCAGCGCUACCACUUUGUUAUGGCUUACCACGAGAAGCCUGUCCUCCCACCGCCCUUCAUCCUGCUGUCCCACGUCUACUCCCUCUUCUGCAUGUGUCGCAAGAGGAAGAAGGAGAGCACCUAUGGACCAAAGCUGUUUCUCACCGAGGAAGACCAGAAGAAGCUUCAUGAUUUUGAGGAGCAGUGCGUGGAGACGUACUUCCAUGAAAAGGACGAUCAGCAUCAUUCAGGGAGCGAGGAGCGCAUACGUCUUACCUCAGAAAGGGUUGAGACGAUGUGUCUGCAGCUGAAGGAGGUCGGCAACAAGGUGAACUUUAUAAAGCGCUCCCUGCACACGCUGGACUCGCAGAUCGGUCACCUGCAAGACCUCUCGGCUCUGACUGUGGACACUCUGAAGACUCUAGCUGCUCAGAGAGCCUCCGAGGCCAGCAAGGUCCACACUCAGAUCACCCAGGAGCUCAGUCUGUCCAAGAACGUGGUCCCAAGCAUUGCUCCUGUGCCAGCAGACUCCAAAAUGUCCGUCAUAGGGAAACGCAGCGUGGGGGCCUACUUUGGGUCCUCGUUUCCUCAAGCAGGAGCCAACAUCGCUGAUUCUCUUUUCGGGACCGGCGCUGAAGGAGGAGCUGGGCAGGAAAGCCAUCGAAGAUUCGGGCCCGGCCCUGGAACAGAACUGAGGCUGGACCCAGCGUUGAGUCCAGAGAAAAGGAGCUUAUUUGGGCUUGGACACCUGGCCGCAGAGGCUGGUUCCUCGGGCGGUGCCGGCUCCAGUGCCUUUGUCCAAAGUGCUGUUUUAGGGACGUCUCCGGAGCUCCGUCACAGAGGCCUCCCGCUCUCCCAAAGCAAACUAACCCGUCCACAAGAGCUGCAGCUUCCCGACUCCCCAUCCAGCCUGCCCAGUGUGCCCUCCUCUGCUGCUCACUUCCAAAUCAGCACCCCAUCCCAGCCCAGUGGCUCCAGCCACCCCGAACUCGCCCUGGCUGGACUUUACCACCAGCCCCCGCAGCCWGAGCACAUUCCUGUAGAGUUUGGGGCGUUUGUAGGUGAGUAUGAGAACCAAGCUAAGUGUGCUGCUGAGAAAAUACAGACGGAGGAAGAGGAGAAGUGUGUUUGUGUGUACCCUACAGUCAUUGUUGUCUCUGAGAAAUCCAGCUCUGCUCAGCCUGCCUGCAUGCCUGCUUACGCUGGGGAGCCUGAGAAUACUCAGGGGUUGAGGAGGGGGGAGGGGGAGGAGGGCGCCAUCCGGGGGUCUGUGAAUGAAGRGUUCAGCGAGGAAGACGUCCAGCGUGGCGCUCUGAGAAGAACCACACACACAGACACCCUCCCAGGUCCAGAGGCUUCACCGCCUCUCCAACCAGGCUGCUCACAGGCCCCUGCUGCAGCGACCGGGAGACCCCACAGACGAACGAGAGGCGGUGUUUCAGAACCAGCGGCCCCCCGGUGCCACGAUCAAACUGAGUCGGAAAACAAAGACGGCGAGAAGAUGAUGUCGAGAGAAGCAGAGAUGAGAGGACACAAAGAGACUUUGGAUGUUCAGCACUCAACACCCAAAGAGACCUCCAGCAGGCAGCAGAGCCCGACCACACAGAGCAGGGCGCAGGCCGAAGGUCACGGUCUCAUCAGAGCCGUCAACUCGUACGCCGGCUUCACAGAGUUUUACAGAAACCCACCUUUUCUUCACCCUGACUCCACUCUGACAAAGAAGGACAGGAGCAGAGUUUCUGCUGAAGACAUCCCCAGAGCUGCAGUACUUGAAAGAAUUCAGGUCAAAUCAGCUCAAGCCAGCAGCCUGAGACCCCCUGAGCAAGAAACACUAAACGCUGCUGUUUCUCUGUACGCUGCACGCCACCCUCACCUCGGGCCCAGAAAGGACU